UCUCGCAGCGUGGAGAUCGGCGAGAGCGUCCGCGGCGAGGACGUCUACAUCGUGCAGAGCGGCUGCGGGGAGAUCAACGACAACCUGAUGGAGCUGCUGAUCAUGAUCAACGCCUGCAAGAUCGCCUCGGCCAGCCGCGUCACGGCCGUCAUCCCCUGCUUCCCCUACGCGCGCCAGGACAAGAAGGACAAGAGCCGGGCCCCGAUCUCCGCCAAGCUGGUGGCCAACAUGCUCUCCGUCGCCGGCGCGGACCACAUCAUCACCAUGGACCUGCAUGCCUCCCAGAUCCAGGGUUUCUUUGACAUCCCUGUGGACAACCUGUAUGCUGAGCCAGCUGUCCUCAAGUGGAUCAAGGAGAACAUUGUUGAGUGGAAGAACUGCACGAUUGUCUCUCCUGACGCUGGGGGAGCCAAGAGAGUGACCUCCAUUGCUGAUCGGCUGAACGUGGACUUUGCCCUCAUUCAUAAGGAGAGGAAGAAGGCCAGUGAGGUGGACCGCAUGGUGCUGGUGGGAGAUGUGAAGGACCGGGUGGCCAUCCUUGUGGACGACAUGGCAGACACCUGUGGUACCAUCUGCCACGCAGCAGACAAGCUGCUUUCAGCUGGCGCUACCAAAGUUUAUGCCAUCCUGACUCAUGGGAUCUUUUCUGGGCCAGCCAUUUCCCGAAUCAACCAUGCCUGCUUUGAGGCAGUUGUGGUCACGAACACAAUCCCCCAGGAGGACAAGAUGAAACACUGCCCUAAAAUCCAGGUGAUCGACAUCUCCAUGAUCCUGGCUGAAGCCAUCAGGAGGACUCACAAUGGGGAAUCUGUCUCUUACCUCUUCAGUCAUGUCCCUUUAUAACUGUAGAUGCUGCUGCUUGGGUGGCAUUUUGAAAAACCAAAAUUUGUUUUAAGGUUCAGUA